AACAUCUCCAUUGCGCAACAUGGAGAAUGCAAAGCCUUUUCUAGCCUGAGCGGAAAGUUUGAACAAUAUAUCUAGAACUUGCUCACGAUGCCAAAAUUCGUGCCGCGUCAGCGGAAGCAAAAGGCGCGGCAACGGCAAGCGGCCGAAGAAGCAGCAGCCGCAUCCGCAAUCGCAGCCCGCAACACAGGAAAUGGUAUUUCAGCCGGAGCUGGAGAAGAUUCCAAUGCUGCUGAACUGGCGCCAGAGUCCAAAUCAGUGAGAGAUGAGCGGAGGCGCCAGUUGCGGGAGGAACUGCGGUCGCAGCAGUCCAGCAAAAUAACUACAAAGAAGCAGAAAAGACUGGAUAAAUACAUUGACAACAAAUUGAAAAAAGAAGAGAAUCUCGAAUUGAUCAAGAAGCUUGCCGAUGCGAAAGUCGACACCAGCCUUUUCCGAAGCGCUAGAAGUCUUGGAGGCAAGACCGAGUCAAAGCGAGAUGUGCUGUCCAGGGCAAUGAGGGAGAAGAGAGCCGGGAUUGACGUGGAGAAAAAUGAUGCUAUUCUCCUCACUCCUCUACGGCAACCGGAAGCCCCCCAGGAGGAACCGGCCUCGGAUAGUGAGUCCGUUCAGAGUGAAGGUUCGGCCGAUUCGUCGCAACAGGCUCCGGUCAAUCAGAAAACAGAAGAGAAGCCUUCGAACCAAAUAGUUCAGCCUCCGCCGGCGGUUGCAGGAAGUGGACUAAAACGGGCGUUGGAUGUUGGAGACGAUGGGAACCCUAUUAUCAAGAAAAGAAAGAAGCGGCAGCCCUUGAAGCCAAUUAAGCCGGUUGUGGAGCCAACUGUGGAGCCCGAAUGGGAGGGCUUCGAUUCUGAGUCGGGUUCUGAGAGCGAGGGCGAUGUUUCAGCUUCCAAAGACGGCGAGUCUGAAGGCGCGGAAUCCUCGUCCGAGGAAGGAGAAGAAGAGGGCGACGAAGUUGAUGCGGAAUCAGAGGAUUCGGGCUCUGGAUCUGAAGGGUCAGAGAGUGAAGAGGAAGAAGAAGAUGACGAUGACGAUGUGGAGGAGGAUGACAGUGAAGAAGAAAGCGAAGAGGGAGAUACACAGCAACGUUCCUCGGCCUUCAAAGCCUGGGCAAUGCAGCAGAGAAAUGAGGCUCUUGGUUUUACGCCGUCUGCCAAACCCGAGGACGAGGCACAGUUGCCAGAGCACACGAUAUCCAUCAACUUUACGCCUCGCGAAGUAGAGAGUGAUCCACUACCGCCGGAGCUUGAAACGAAAACGGUUACGGAUGCUUAUCGAAAGUCCUAUAGCGUUCCCGUAGAACGAUCCGAGGAGCUCCAAGAGGCUCGUCUCAAAUUGCCCAUUGUGGCAGAGGAACAGAAAAUCAUGGAAGCGAUCCACAACAAUCCGACAAUUGUUGUCUGGGGUUCAACUGGUAGUGGUAAGACUACGCAGGUACCGCAAUUCCUCUACGAAGCAGGAUAUGGCAGUCCAGACGGCCCCACUCCUGGUAUGAUUGGUGUCACCCAACCCCGAAGAGUUGCAGCCGUGAGUAUGGCGAAGCGUGUUGGCGAUGAACUUGGAAAGGAUGCGAACAAGGUCGCUUACCAGAUUCGAUUUGAAAGUACGGUGGCGGACGGGACGGCGAUCAAAUUCAUGACAGACGGUGUGCUGUUACGAGAAGUUGCUCAAGAUUUUGCAUUGACAAAAUAUUCUGCCAUUGUGAUUGACGAAGCUCACGAGCGAAGCGUCAACACGGACAUCCUCAUCGGCAUGAUGAGCCGUAUAGUAGAUCUCCGAGAGACGAUGGCACGCGAAAAUCCAAAAGUCAAGCCUCUGAAGCUGAUCAUCAUGUCUGCCACGUUGCGAAUCUCCGAUUUUACGGAAAAUAAAGCUCUAUUCCGCGCGGGUCCGCCGCCACUACUCCAGGCAGAAGGGCGCCAGUAUCCUGUCACAAUGCACUUUUCUCGCCGGACUCAUCGAGACUAUCUUGACGAGGCUUUCAAGAAGAUUAGCAGAGGUCACCGAAAACUACCCCCUGGAGCCAUGCUCGUCUUCUUGACUGGACAGAAUGAGAUUAAGACUCUCUCGAAAAAGCUGAGGCAGGCUUUCCCAUCAACCACUGACGGCAACAUUUCUGGGCCUUCUGUCCGUCUCUCAGCCAAUGAAGUUCCACUUGAGACUGAAGACAUUGAGCUCGGUGAUUAUCAAAAACCUCUCGUCGACGAGGAAGACUCGGGCUCGGAGCCUGAAAUCACAGGACUCGAUGAAGAAGAAGACGAAUUCGACAUUGGCGAGAAGCCAGAAUCGCCUCUCAAAGUCCAUGUACUUCCGCUGUAUUCCCAACUGCCAACCAACCAGCAACUGCGCGUGUUCGAGACGCCUCCAGAAGGCUCGCGUCUCAUUGUGCUCGCAACAAACGUUGCCGAGACCAGUUUGACCAUUCCCGGAGUCAAAUACGUCUUUGACUGUGGCCGUUCCAAGGAGAAGAAAUACGAUCGUGCCACUGGAGUGCAAAGCUUCGAGAUUGGCUGGAUCAGCAAAGCCAGCGCCAGCCAGCGCGCGGGUCGUGCAGGCCGUACCGGUCCGGGCCACUGCUACCGACUCUACUCUUCUGCCGUGUUCGAGCGCGACUUUGACGAAUAUGCCGAGCCCGAGAUCCUACGAAUGCCAAUUGAAGGCGUUGUGCUGCAGCUCAAGAGCAUGGAAUUAUCCAACGUCAUCAACUUCCCCUUUCCCACGCCCCCAGACCGUCCAAGUCUAGCCAAGGCCGAGAAACUCCUGACUUACCUGGGCGCCCUGGACCCCGAGGGUAAAAUCACGCCCCUCGGCCGGGAACUGUCCAUUUACCCCUUAUCCCCGCGCUUCGCCAAAAUGCUCUCCCUCGGCCACUCGCACAACUGCACCGCAUAUGCCGUCGCGCUCGUCGCCUCCCUCGCCGUGCCCGACCUCUUCAUCCCGGAGAACCAACUCGACCUUCACACACCGGCGAAAGCCAAUGGCGAAGAUGACAACGACGACACAAAAGUCUGGACACAAGCAGACAGUAUUGCCGAAACGGCCCGCGCCCAGCGCCGCAAAGCGUACAACGCCGCCCACCACCAGCUCAGCAACCUCGCGCCCACCAGCGACGCGCUCAAGCUCCUCUCCGCCGUCUGCGCCUACGCCUACUCCCCGCACCCCGAAGCCUUUUGCGACUCCAUGUUCCUCCGCGCAAAAGCCCUCGCCGAAGCCGCCCAGCUGCGGCCCCAACUCACCAACAUCCUCCGCGCCGCGCACCCGCCCUCGUCCUCCGCUUCCCCCAGCACUUCCUACACUCCCCGCCUACCUCAAGCCACGCCCAAACAACUCGCCCUGUUGCGCCAAAUCAUCACCGCCGCGUUCAUCGACCACGUCGCCCAGCGCGCGGACAUGACUUCUUCCUCUUCGUCUGCGUCCGACUCCUCCUCCCUGCCCUAUCGUCGCAAACCUACCCGCGCCACCGACGUCGCGUAUCUCCCUUUAUUCCCUGUCCACCGCGGUCGAUACUCCUCUUCCUCCUCCUCUCAGCACGCGUCUUCGGGCGGCGACGGAGAAGUAGAACUAGAUCCGUACAUCUACAUCCACCCUUCCUCUGUCCUGUCACAUACUUCCCCCAAGGAAAUGCCGCAGUAUAUCAUCUACUCGCACUUACAGCGGUCUACCCCUUCGAGGGAGGGCAAAGCGCCCCGCACACGCAUGUUCCCGCUCACGCCCACCACGGGCCCCAUUCUCGCGGCCCUCGCGCAGAAUACCCCGCUGGUCGAGUAUAGUAAGCCGAUUGCCGGCAAGAUUGAGCCUUUUGUUUCUGGUUCUGGUCCUGUUUCUGGUGGGAGCGCAAGGUCUACUUCAGGUGGUAAAGGGAUUGGCGAAGACGGAAAAGAAAGGCGCAUAUGCUGGGUCAUCCCCUCGCUCACGCCCGGGCCGGGGUCGCUCGGCUGGCCGCUGCCCGCGCGCAAAGUCGUCCAGCGACGAGAUGGGACCAGAGGGUGGGUUGUCGAGCGGGUGAUUCAGGGGUAGUAGUAGAGAUCCUAGAGUCCUGAGGGUUUUGAGAGUCCUGAGAGGCUAAGACUCCUGAGAGGCUGAGAGUUUUAAGAGGCUUGAGGGGUGGUUUUGUAUAUACCUUUCUUUCUUUCCAAUAUGUAUCUUUUUAGAUUCUAGGUUUAGCACCUAAGUAUAUAUUUAUCUUUUAUCAUUUAGAUUCUAGAUUUAGGUUUUAGGUCGGUC